AUGAAAACAUUAUCCUUCGUGUUAUUGUUUAUGACACAUGUAACUGCCACGUGCGAUGAGAACACGAUUCUGGAUGUGGCUUCCAAGAAUGGUGCAACAAUCCUACGGAGGUUGAUUCAUGGAACAGAUCUUGAAGCACUAUUACAAGGAGAAGGUAACUAUACCAUAUUUGCACCAUUAGACGAUGGAUUUAACUGGUUACCGCCAAGUGUUAUGGACAAAUUAAAUAAAAAUAUGACGUUUGUUGAUUACGUGUUCACAUUCCAUGUGGUCAGAGGGCGGAGGAAGUCGGACACGUUUACAAACGAUGUCACUUAUCCUACUUUGAAUGGUGCUACUAAGGUCCGCAUUAACAUCAUCGGAUCGACGUUUACAGCUGACGGCGUGGAUAUAACCGUCACUGAUCUGUCCGCUUCAAAUGGCGUGGUUCACAUGCUUCAAAGGGUGAUGUACCCUCUCCCGAUACAGUCCCUCCUAGGGUACUUAACAGCAACGCCCUCACUAUCUCUAUUCGCCGACGUCAUUAAGCAUGCUAAUCUCACGGAUUUCUUCGGAGGCGGACCGUUCACACUGUUUGCGCCGAACAAUGAAGCGUUUAAUAAACUGCCAGUAGGUUUUCUCCAAAAACUGAUGCUGAACAAAACAGGAGUGAUUGACUUCGUGGAGUACCAUGCCUUGAGGGAAACCCUUUACAGUGAAGGUCUCCAUGACAACCAAAGACUUACAACGGCUAACGAUAAACAGUUGAUCGUAACUGUUAUGGAAGGUAACGUCGUCAUCAAUGGCGCUUUGUUGAAAAUUUUUGACGUAAUUGUGAACAAUGGCGUCAUUCAAGUCAUCGACAGGGUACUACUUCCGCCGAAUUAA